UGGAGGGCUGAGAGUGAGAUUGGGGAUGGUGGGGUUGAUGUGGAGCAGACGUGGUGGAUUCCUCUCUCGCAGCUCGCAAUAGAACUCCUCCCAACCUCACCCAUCACACAAAGUACGACAGCUAUCAAGAUGUCCGUGAUAAUCAUCGGCGGCGGUCCCGUCGGCCUGCUCGCCUCCAUUGCCCUCUCCCACCAAAACAUCCCCCACAAGCUAUUCGAGCGGUAUCCCAGCACCUCCAUCCACCCCAAAGCGGUGGGCCUGAACCAGCGCACCCUGGAAGUCUUUCGCUCUCUGGGCCUGGAAGAAGCUGUUACAGCAGCAGCCGCCCCUGCGCACUCCCAUUCAAAGACAGCCUGGUAUACCAGUCUGGAUCCGGACUCCCGGCAUGAGAUCUUCACCCGGGAUGCAUGGGGCGGAGGGGUAUAUGAGUCUGAGUACAGCGCCUUCAGUCCGUGUCGGAUUACGGUCCUCCCACAGAUCCGACUCGAGCCGAUUCUGCUGGAGCGUGCGAAGCAGCUUAACCCCGGUGGGAUCUUCCACGGGGCGGAGGUUACGCAUGUCCAGGAGUUCGACAAGCAUGUUGAAGUUGUUGUCUUGCAUGGGGGAACGGAGGGAGCGGAGGUGAACAGAUAUGAUGCGUCGUAUGUGAUUGCAGCGGAUGGAGGUAGGUCUGUUGGGAAGAUGGUCGGUAUUGAAAUGGCUGGCGAGAAGGACGUGAUGGCCAUGGCCUCUGCGCAUAUAAAGGCACCGCUGAGUCUGUGUCAUCCGGACCCUGAUGUGCUGAUUACCUGGUUCAUUGACCCGGCCAAGGGUGGGAGUAUCAAUACGGGGUAUCUAUACCAUGUUGGGCCUUAUAAUAACAAUAUCAACGACGAGGAGUGGAUGUUCGCCUGUGCGAUUAACCCAACCGACCCAGAGAAAUUCGACGAAACAGCCAUGACGAACAGACUACGCGAGACACUCAAAGUCCCACAAGAACUGGAGCAAAAGAUCCAACUCCUCAGCGUCAGCCACUGGGUCGUCAACUCCAUCGUCGCUGAUAAAUUCCGCAGUGCCGGCGGGAAAGUCUUCCUCGUCGGUGACGCUGCCCACCGUAUUCCCCCCUGGGGUGCUCUCGGUUUGAAUACCGGCAUCCAGGAUGUGCAUAAUCUAGUCUGGAAACUGGGCUGGGAUAUGAGGGAUCAGUAUGGAUCAAGCUUUAGUCGCCUUCUCGACACAUACGAAGAAGAACGACGCCCAAUUGCCCUGCGCGUCGCCGAGACAAGCCUGUCCAAUCUGCGCAACCACGCUCUCGCCAUGGACAGGGCACUAGGAAUCGAUCCAACCCAGUCUGCAGAGGAGAAUGUCGCAUCACUAAACGCCUACCUUGACCCAUCUCACCCAGACCACAACAAACUGCGCACCGCCGUCCUGGACGCACAGAAAGUGCUGGACAGCGAAUUCCACGCCCCAGGCGCCGAAACAGGCUGGUUCUACCCGUCAGUCGAUAUACUGGCAGAUAAAAAGCACGACGGGCAGAUUACCGAGAACGGCGAGUUCGAUAUCUACAAGUACCACCCGUCCACAAUCGCCGGGCACCAUCUGCCUCAUUUCUGGGUUACGAAAGACGGCGUGCGCAAGUCAGUCCGCGAUCUGCUCAAGAACAAUAUGUUUGUGCUGUUCGCCAAGGCACCGCGGCUGAAUCGAUAUGUAGUCCCCGGCGAUGAUAAAAUCCAUGUUGAGAUCCUGGAUGGAAAAAAUGGCAACUGGCUGGACGAGGAGAAUAAAUGGCGUCAGCUCCCUGGGGUUGACGAGAAUGACGCCUUGCUGGUCCGUCCAGAUGGGAUUAUUGCGUGGAGGAUAAUCGAGCCUGGGCCCCGGCCGUCGGAGUUGUUUGAAAAGGUGUUUUACCGCGAGAUUGUGCAGAUGGCGUGAGCUUGCUUAUUAGAUCUUGCUAGAAGAGCUAUUUAUUGUCAAUUUAUUCCCAGAGGUUCACGAUUCAUGAAGAAUGGUUUCGCUUCGAACCUAUGUAAUUAGG